AUGUCCGAUAUCACUGCCUUCAUCACCGCCCUCGAGGCCGCCCAGAACGGUGCCCAAUACUCCCCCGAGGUCCAGAAGGCCGCCGCCGGAAUCAACACCGAUGACCUGAAGAAGGCCUACGUUACCGCCGAGGCCCAGGGAAACAAGGCUCAGAUCGAGGAUCCGGCCCAGAGUGCUGCCCUCAAGGCUGGUUUCGAAUUCGCCGCGAAGCUGGUCAUGGAACUCCAGUCCGCCCCUGAUAACACCGAGAAGACCAACCUCUACGUUCACUACAAGAUUGGCAACGGUGUUAAGGUUGACAAGCCUGGCAUGUUCGACCUUGUUAAGAAGCACCUCUACAGCGCCUAUGAGAAGGUUGUCGAGGCAGGAAACACCGCUCAGGGCUCCCAGGUUGCCUACAUCAAGCAGGUCGUUGAUCUCAUCGCCGCGAAGGGCCUUAACUAA